AUGAAAAUAGGCGUAAUCCAUGUUCCAGUAUUUUCAUUGCAUCUGUUCGUGUGGUCUUCUCUCCCAAAUAGCCAGUCAGUCUCGAUAGAUUGUAAAAGAAGCUUUGAAUCAUUGAAUGCCUUUUAUUUCCUCAACUGCCUUAGGGUAUUCGAUCGCGGUACCGCUACUGAUUUCAACUAUAUCGCAAUCACGUUGGCGGGACGAAACUUUAAGUUCAUUCGUAAAGCUUGCAAAGACGGAAAACUCUCACUGGCUUGUGGCUUGAGUGCUGGCAUGCAAUGUUUAAAAGCACUGGAGGAACUGCAUAAAGUGGGCUUCGUUCAUCGCUCGGUGAACCCUUCAACGUUUGCCAUAGGACGAGUGAUCAAUGGCGACCCGAAAGAUCUACGAAAUGUGUACAUUCUCGACUUUGGACUAGCUCAUCAGUACCGAGAAGCUGACGGCACACACAAACCCCCACGACAAAAACCAUCGAAAUACAUAGGGAAAGCAAGAUACGCUCCAAGGAAUGCCUACCUGAAUCGGGAACUGAGUCGAAUGGACGACUUGGAGAUGUGGUUGUAUGUGAUCGUAGAACUCGUCAAAGGAGCCGUUCCAUGGGUCCAUCAGAGAGUGAGUUACAGCUGCUACUACCAUUGUAACAACGACUUGAGAAUGUAG